AUGACGGCGAAGCGAGCGAUCGGACGGCACGAAUCUCUUUCUGAUAAGAUCCAUCGACAUCGAGGUCUAUUACUCGUGAUCUCGAUUCCCAUUGUGUUGAUCACUCUCGUGCUUUUGUUAAUGCCGGGAACGUCGACGUCCGUCUCGGUCGUUGAGUACACGUUGAAAAACCGUGAUGGAGGUUCGAAUUCGAGGGGUCCGAAGAAUUACGCUGUGAUUUUCGAUGCUGGAAGUUCUGGAAGCCGUGUGCAUGUUUACUGCUUUGACCAGAAUUUGGAUCUUGUUCCUUUGGGCAAUGAGCUCGAGCUCUUCUUACAGCUAAAACCGGGUUUGAGUGCAUAUCCUAAUGAUCCUCGGCAAUCAGCAAACUCUUUGGUAUCUCUUCUUGACAGAGCAGAAGCAUCUGUUCCCCGUGAGUUGCGUUCAAAGACUCCUGUCAGAGUUGGGGCAACCGCAGGUUUGAGGGCCUUGGGUCACAAAACUUCUGAAAACAUUUUGCAAGCGGUGAGGGAGCUCCUGAAAGAUAGAAGCAGGCUGAAAACUGAGGCAAAUGCAGUUACCGUUCUGGAUGGUACUCAGGAAGGUUCUUAUCAGUGGGUGACAAUCAACUACUUGUUAAGGACUUUGGGAAAGCCGUACUCAGAUACAGUUGGAGUGGUUGAUCUUGGAGGAGGGUCAGUUCAAAUGGCAUAUGCUAUAUCAGAGGAAGAUGCUGCAACUGCGCCAAAACCAGUAGAAGGCGAGGAUUCAUAUGUCAAGGAAAUGUAUCUGAAGGGACGGAAGUAUUUCCUCUAUGUUCAUAGCUACCUACAUUAUGGGUUGCUGGCUGCCCGGGCUGAGAUUUUGAAAGUCUCCGAGGUUUCUAACAACCCCUGCAUCGUGAGCGGCUUUGAUGGUAGUUACAAGUAUGGAGGAAAAGCGUUUAAAGCCACAGCUUCUCCAUCUGGUGCAAGUCUAGAUGAAUGCCGACGAGUAGCUAUUAACGCACUCAAAGUCAAUGAAUCACUGUGUACACACAUGAAAUGCACAUUCGGUGGAGUCUGGAACGGUGGAGGCGGUGGGGGCCAAAAGAAUAUGUUUGUCGCAUCGUUUUUCUUUGAUCGAGCCGCAGAGGCUGGUUUUGUUGACCCGGCGCAACCUGUGGCUAAAGUUCAACCUCUGGACUUUGAGAAAGCAGCCAACCAAGCUUGUAGCAUGAAAAUGAAUGAAGGGAAAUCGAAGUUCCCACAUGUGGAGGAAGACAAUCUUCCAUACUUGUGUUUGGAUCUUGUUUACCAAUAUACUCUCCUCGUUGAUGGAUUCGGAUUGAAGCCAUCACAGACAAUAACGUUAGUGAAGAAGGUGAAAUAUGGAGACUACGCCGUGGAAGCGGCUUGGCCACUAGGAAGCGCAAUUGAAGCCGUAUCCUCACCAUGA